AAUGAGCUCCAACAAGAUAGGAGCACUGUCAGAGACUGCUCGAUCUUGGUUUUCAUCUAUUUCUGUUAUAUUUAUUGUUGUUAUCAAUUCACGGUAUGUGUCAUUCAGAUUGUUUUCCUUGUUGCAUCACUCCUGGGCCUCCGAAGGGUCUUCUUUGGUGGAUCAUAUAUACGUGGACAUAAAAGCACAAUGGAAAACAUUUCUUUUGCAAUUGAUUUCUGGUCACAGAGCCAAAUGCAAGCAGUAUUCUUGAGACAUGAGGGGUAUUUGGGAGCUCUUGGUGCCCUGAUGAGUUAUGGAGAUCUCAGUGUUGAAAAUCUUACUGUUGAGGAAUCAAAGGAGAAGGAGCCGCAUCACGAGUCAGCAGCACCUGUUGAUGGAACAUCAUCAGAUGAAGAGAACGAUGGCAAUAUAUUUCCUUAUCUUCUCGUUAAUAUCGGAUCAGGUGUCAGCAUGAUAGAGGUAAUUGGUAAGGGGAAAUUUGAAAGAAUUAUAGGAUCCCAUCUAGGUGGUGGUACUAUUCUUGGUCUUUCCAGGCUUUUGACUGGCUGUUCAAGUUAUGAAGAAUUCUUGGAGUUGAGCCAGAGGGGCAAUAAUUUGUCCGUUAAUUUGACUGUUGGAGACAUAUAUGGUGAAGAAGGUUACCCAAAGAUUGGUCUUCCAGCAUCCACUACUGCAGCUAGCUUUGGAAAAGUGAACUCAAGCAAACUAUCAGACUACAAAAUGGAGGAUCUUGCUGCUGCUCUAUUGAAUUCUUUCACUUACUACAUUGGACAGGCAUUCUUCUCUCCAGAUAUGUGGUUACUAGUUAUCAUCCAUUAGUUAUCCUGGCCUUAUUAGAUAGCCUACUUCGUGGCUAAUCUUUGAGGCCUAAAGCGAAUUUUCUUCACAGGUGCUUAUGUCUGUGGUCAUGAAAAGACUAUGGACAAGAUCUCUCGUUCCCUAAAAUAUUGGUCCAAAGGUGAAGUCCAGACUACAUUUCUAUGUCAUGAAGGGUUCUUGGGAACACUGGGUGCAUUUUGGAGUUACGAAAACAUGGGCAUUGAUAGCUUGGCGGCGCAUGAAGUCAUUAGGGAGGUCUUGCUUGGCGCACCAUACACUGGCCAAUUCCCGUCUUUACCUGUCACUGAACAG